AUGCCCGUUGGAAACGUGGCUGCCAUCUUGGCCGCCCGCAGAGCCAGCAAACAAAAGCACAAUCAUGGGUAUCGUCCAACUCCAGUUUCCGCGGCAGAGCAGAAACGACAGGAAGCUGCUUGGAAUGAGUACCAGCGCAAGGUCAAGCUCAACAAGAUCAUCAAGGCGUACGACACGAACCAGACGGGCAAACUGGAACGUAGCCAGGUCGUGAAGCUACUAACGGACACCGACUCCUCCACGCCACCAGGAACACCUCCAAGCGAAGACCAAGUGGACUUUUUGCUGAAGUGCUAUGACAAAGCCGGAGAUGAUUCCAUCGAGGCAUCAGAGUUGGAAGAGCUUCUCUCCUGUUGGCAUACCUUCACCGAGCAUCGGCAGCUCUUUGAGUCCAAGCUUGAGAAAUAUGAUGUCUCCAAAACUGGAAAACUCUCGAGGGAAGAGCUGAAGCAAUAUUUGACAGACCUCAACGGAGGCAUGGACGUAGAGGACGAAGAGGCAGACUGGGUCAUGAAGCAGGCAGACAUUAUGGGAGACGGAGAGCUUAACAAGAUGGAGAUCGCGAGGGCCACUUCGCUUUGGUUCGCCUUCGUAGAGAAGAAGAAGCAGGACAGCCAGUGCUGCACAAUCUUCUAG